AUGUGCGCCGUCGCCCCCUUAGCUCUUCCUGCCCUCGCCGGCGUCGCUCCUCGCGCCGUGCCCGUCUUCCACGCGGGGAGCACGGUGGCGACGUACGCUGACGGCGGCGCUCCUGCCGUGAUGCGCGGGUACGGCGGCUAUGAAGACGUUGGCGCCGACAUCGACGCGCUGCUCCGCGACAUCCACGCCGCCGUGCUCCAGCGCACACCUCCCGGCCACGCGCCCCAGCCCGUGGCCGCUGGCGCCGACCAGCCGGUCAACCACGACGACUUCGACCUCGAGCCCGUCCUCCGCGACAUCCGGAGCAUCCGCAUUCCGGCCGCCAGGUUUGCUGGUCCCGACCCCGUGAACUCUGCCGUCGGCACUCCGACGACGCCCUUAGCGAGCCUUCCAGCGCCGUUCAGCUACGGCGACGCUGCCGCCGAGGACGCCGCCGACUCCGCCGCCAGCACGACCACCACCCAGACCUCUCCCAACAAGCAGCAGGAUCCCGGCCAAAUCUACGACGCCGAGAUAGACGCCACCUUCCGGGCCAUGGAGCAGGACCCAGCGGAGCGGCCGUCGGCGCUCUACCUUUGGACGGUCCAGGAGGGGGUCAUCACCCUGGCCGACCGCGCUAACGUCGUGGCGUGGAUGUACAACUUCGUCGGCUACUACGGCCUCGCCCCGGGCACGCUCCACCGCGCAGUCUCCUACGUCGACCGCUUCCUGUUAUCAAGGAAGGUCAACGGCUACAACGUCUCCGGCCAUCUCCUCCUCCUCGGCUCAGUGGCCGUGUUCACCGCGGCCAAGUACGAGGACCGGCGCGCCACCCUGGCGCUCAACGCCGACGGCAUCGCCUGCUGGCACGUCGGGUGCUCCCGCCGCGACGUCGUCGACGCGGAGCGCGCCCUGUGCGCCGCGUUGGGGUGCCGCCUGAGCGGGCCCACCGCCUACACCUUCGUCGAGCACUUCACCAGGCACGGCAACGAUGGCGGCGGUGCCGACGAGGGCUCGACGACGGUGAGGUCCCUGGCGCACCACCUGGCCGACGUGGCUCUGCUGGACUACCGGUGCAUCCGGUUCCUGCCGUCCACCGUGGCGGCGUCCGCGAUCGCCCUGGCGACGCUGAGCAUGAACCCCGCGGCGUCGUGGAGCGACGACGAGAUCAGGGUGACGGGGUACACGCUCGAGGACCUAGCGACGUGCAUGGACGAGAUCGAGGAGACGCAUGGGCUACAGGGCGCGUGGCCAGGUUGCGCCCAGAUGACGGAGGACUACAUGCGCAGCUACGGCUUGCUGCCUCACUGA